AUGGUGGGGAUGAAGCCAGGGGGAGGAGUGUUGCGUUUCUCCUCCAUGGCCCCUCUCCUCGGCUCCUCUUCCUGCUCCUCGCCUCGCUAUGCUGGGCAGUCGCUGUCCGGGGCGGCGACGCUGGUGUCCUCGCCGGAGGGGGUGUUCGAGGCGGGCUUCUUCGCGCCGGACCCCCAGCAGCCUGCCCGCCAGUACCUCGGCAUCUGGUACCACGGCAUCUCGCCGCGGACCGUCGUCUGGGUCGCCAACCGCGUCGCGCCGGCCACCUCGGCCCUGCCGUCGCUCGCGCUCACCGCCACCGGCGAGCUCCGCGUCCUCGACGGCACGACGGCCAACGGCACUGCCGCCGCGCCGCUGCUCUGGUCCUCCAACACCUCCUCGCGCGCGGCCCCGAGGGGCGGCUACUCGGCGGUGCUCCAGGACACCGGCAGCCUCGAGGUGCGCAGCGAGGAUGAUGCGGUGCUCUGGGACAGCUUCUCGCACCCGACGGACACCAUCCUGUCCGGGAUGCGCAUCACCUUGCAGACACCCGGGAGGGGCCCCAAGGAGCGGAUGCUCUUCACGUCCUGGGCCAGCGAGACGGACCCUUCGCCGGGGCGAUACGCGCUCGGCCUCGACCCGAACAACUCCGCUCAGGCCUACAUGUGGAAAGAUGGCAAUGUUACCUACUGGAGGUCAGGACAGUGGAAUGGGGUGAAUUUUAUAGGCAUUCCAUGGAGGCCACUCUACAUGAGUGGGUUCACACCGGCAAAUGAUCCAGUGUUAGGAAAAUAUUACACAUAUACUGCAACAAACACCUCUCUACAGAGGUUUGUUGUUCUGCCAAAUGGCACAGACAUCUGCUACAUGGUUAAAAAAUCUUCACAAGAAUGGGAGACUGUCUGGUACCAACCAUCAAAUGAGUGUGAAUACUAUGCUACAUGUGGUCCAAAUUCGUUAUGCACUGCGUUGCAAGAUGGCAAGGCAAAAUGCACCUGCCUAAAAGGUUUUCAUCCGAAGUUGCAGGAGCAGUGGGAUGCAGGAAAUUGGAGUCAAGGUUGCAUCAGGAGCCCACCUCUGGGUUGUGAGGCCAACCAGUCUGGGGAUGGAUUUCUUUCAAUGGGAAACAUAAAGUGGCCUGAUUUCUCAUAUUGGGUAUCUACAGUGGCAGAUGAGACUGGUUGCAGAAGUGUCUGCCUGAACAACUGCUCAUGCGGUGCUUAUGUCUACACGGGUACAACAGGGUGCCUAGCCUGGGGUAACGAACUAAUUGACAUGCACGAGUUGCAAACUGGGACAUAUACUCUAAACCUGAAGCUUCCUGCUUCUGAGUUACGGGUACAUCACCCAAUUUGGAAAAUAGCCACGAUAAUAUCAGCCAUAGUGCUAUUUGUUUUGGCUGCUUGCCUUCUUCUAUGGUGGAAGCGUGGUAGAAAUAUUAAAGAUGCAGUGCACAGAAGUUGGAGAUCAAGGCAUUCAUCUACCCGAUCUCAGCAGAAUAGUGCUAUGCUGGACAUCUCACAGUCGAUUCGUUUUGAUGAUGAUGUGGAGGAUGGAAAAAGUCAUGAACUCAAAGUGUACUCCCUGGACCGCAUAAAAGCUGCUACAAGUAAUUUUAGUGACUCUAACAAGCUUGGAGAAGGAGGAUUCGGUCCUGUCUAUAUGGGAACAUUUCCUGGGGGAGAAGAAGUAGCUGUCAAGAGGCUUUGUAGGAAUUCAGGUCAAGGCCUUGAAGAAUUCAAGAAUGAGGUCAUACUAAUUGCAAAGUUGCAGCACCGCAAUCUUGUAAGACUACUGGGGUGCUGCAUACAGAGAGAAGAGAAGAUCUUGGUGUAUGAGUACAUGCCUAACAAAAGUCUAGAUGCAUUCCUCUUCAAUCCUGAAAAGCAAGGGCUUCUAGACUGGAAGAAACGGUUUGAUAUAAUUGAAGGCAUUGCUAGAGGGCUGCUAUAUCUCCACCGGGAUUCGAGGUUGCGAGUUGUUCACCGUGAUCUAAAGGCCAGCAACAUUCUCCUGGAUGCGGACAUGAACCCCAAGAUAUCAGAUUUUGGAAUGGCAAGGAUCUUUGGAGGGGACCAAAACCAAUUUAAUACGAAUCGCGUCGUCGGUACAUUUGGCUACAUGUCUCCUGAAUACGCAAUGGAAGGCAUUUUCUCAGUCAAGUCAGACGUCUACGGCUUUGGAGUCCUGAUCUUGGAGAUCAUCACAGGAAAGAGGGCUGUGAGCUUCCACUGUCAUGAGGACUCCUUGAAUAUCGCAGGAUAUGCAUGGCGGCAAUGGAACGAAGACAAGGCUGCGGAGCUGAUCGAUCCAGUGAUAAGAGCAUCGUGCUCGGUUCGACAAGUCCUGAGAUGCAUCCACAUUGCACUGCUCUGCGUGCAAGAUCACGCCGAUGAGCGACCUGACAUCCCCACCGUCAUCCUUAUGUUGAGCAGCGACAGCUCGAGCCUUCCUAAUCCGAGGCCGCCUACCCUGAUGCUUCGAGGCCGUGAGAUCGAAUCCAGCAAGUCGAGCGAGAAGGACCGGAGCCACUCCAUUGGCACCGUGUCAAUGACACAGGUGCAUGGAAGAUAG